ACCGCCAUUUUUUUCAGAUCGAUCGUUGAACUGAGCCGGGUUGGUGAUGCGACGCACCGCCGCCAUUUUGUAUUUCUUAUUAAGUGACUUUUCUUCUUAGUGUUUCAAUUAUUAAUCGUGAGAUUUCAUAAAAUGGAGCCUCCUAAACAGCAAAAGCAAACAGACAUGUUGAAAAAAGAUGUUACUAGUCCUGGCAAACCUAGCGAAAAUGGCGAGGCUAUGGGUGGCUUCCGUGGACGCGGUGGUGGACGAGGUUUUGGUGGAGCCUUCCGUGGUGGCAGAGGAGGACCUCGAGGUGGUGGAGGUAGAGGUGCUGUCAAUAAUGUGGACGACAGACCACCAUUUGAGGGAGGGCGAGGUGGAAGAGGAGGAAGCAGAGGUCGUGGCCGCGGCGGUGGAGGUGGUGGCGGCGGUGGUGGUGGAGGUGCCUUCUUUGAUGGCAAAGGCUUCCAACAAAUGGACCGCAUCAGUGAGAGGCUGAAGCAGAUGGCUGGUCCCCAGGUAGACUUGCCCCCUCGGGAAGACACAAUCAGGAAGUUCUCUAAUCACUGCCGGCUCUGGAUCGGCAACCUCCCUCUUGAUAUCACUGAAGAUGAUGUCCGGGAACUCUUCAAACCUUACGGAGAAUUUGACGAAGUUUAUUUUGAUAAAAACAAAGGCUUUGCUUUUGUGCGCAUGGAUUUCAAAAGUAAUGCUGAGAAGGCCCGUCAAGAAUUGCAUCUCAAAGAGUAUAAGAAUCGACAGCUCAAAAUUCGGUUCUCGUCCCCAGGAACUGCCCUCAAAGUUCGAAAUCUUUCCACUUGGGUCACCAAUGAGCUUUUUGAAAAGUCAUUUUCUGUGUUUGGUGAGCUGGAGAAGGCGAUCGUGAUCACAGACGAGCGUGGCAGGUCUACUGGUGAAGGCAUCCUGGAGUUCUGCAAGAAGCCUUGUGCUCAGCUCGCCCUCAAGCGAUGCACAGAAGGCUGCUUCUUCCUAACCAGCUCUCCACGCCCCGUGAUCGUGGAGGCGAUGUCCGCCGUGGACGACAACGAAGGCAUGGCUGAGAUCAACGUCAACAAGCGCAACCCUGAGUACAUGAAGGAGAGGCAGAGCGGGCCCAGAUUUGCUGCACAUGGCUCCUUUGAAUUCGAGUACGGACUGAAAUGGAAGCAGCUCUACGAGUUAUUCGACAAGAAGAAGGAGAUGCUUGAGAAGGAACUUAACGACGAGAAACAGAAACUCGAAGAACAAAUUGAGUACGCCAAAUACCAGCACGAAACUGAACUGCUCAGAGAAAAGCUGCGGCAGCGAGAAGAGAACAACCAGGCGCACCAGCAGGAGUACGAGCAGCGGCAGCAGCAGUGGGAGGAGCACCGCCGUAUUGAGGAGGAGCGGCAGGCUCGUAUAGAGGAAGAGCUCGCAGUCAAAUACCGCCAGCAGGAGGAGGAACUACGCCGUCGUCAGGAGGAGAACAGGCAGUUCAUGCAGGAGCGAGGCAACACGCUGCUGAAGGAGGAGGGCGGAGAGGAGCUGUACGGCGACCACAUGGCGGGGUGGCGUUGGGUUUCGGUGAUUGCCAUGUAA